AUGGAAACAUUAGCUGGAGUGUUAAAUGCUCUCAUAAAUACUACAAUAAACAAGGAUAACGGAGAAAACUUAAUGAAUGUUAAACUUAUUGCAGGAGUUUUGAAGUUCAGUUAUGCGAAAGAGUUUAAGAUACCAAGAAUGAGUCAUAGAGUACAACUUCUUUUGGGAGCAUACCAUAUGACAUUUCCUUUGAAAAGUGUUGACAAAACGAUUGAGAUGAAAUCUGUUCCAUACGUAUGUUAUGGUAAUUGUUUGUACAUUGAGUCUAAAAUAGCUAAUGUCACAGGCAUUUCAGGAGUUAAUAGUAAAGGUUCAGUAGAAUAUAAAUCCUUCUGUUAUGCAGUCAAUUCAAUGUUCAUUCCAAACGUUCCUGUCAUAGCAACUCAUUUAGGUAAAUGGGUUCGCAUUAGUCCUCAUAAUUUGAAAGACAUGCAAUUCAGACUUGUUGACUUUCAAGGAGAGCCUGUAGAACUGAAGGCACCAGUGCGAAUGACUGUUGAAGUUGACUUUUUAGAAAAUAUUAAAUGCAACAGCUUACAAGAGAACUCAGA